UGAAGCGGCUUGGCGAGCAGUGCGAGGUGCGGCAGAGAAAAACACUGACACCAUCGCUAGCUAACAGCUAGUGCGGCUUCUUUUUUUUUUAUCUCUGUUUUCUUAUCAAAACCCUCCAUUGGAUGCAGAUUUUGUAAUUCAUCGCGGUGUCUAAGUAGUUUAUUAGAUUGUGGGAAUUAUCUUUAAGCAGCUAAAUUCAACACAGGGUCACCGAAGAGCAUCUGUACAUUUUAGCCGGAGAAGCUAGGUAGCUAAUGCUAGGCUAACAUCCAUCAAAACGUGCUAACCUAGAUUUCACAGGUUUAUUUCAACACCAAAUCUACCAUGGCUGAUGUGGACAAACUCAACAUCGACAGUAUCAUCCAGCGACUUUUAGAAGCUGGUGCAGUCAGAGGAGCGAAGCCGGGGAAGAAUGUGCAGCUGCAGGAGAACGAGAUCCGUGGAUUGUGCCUGAAAUCCCGGGAGAUUUUCCUCAGUCAGCCAAUCCUGCUGGAGCUGGAGGCCCCGCUCAAGAUCUGUGGCGAUAUCCACGGGCAGUACUACGACCUGCUACGGCUGUUUGAGUACGGCGGCUUCCCCCCCGAGAGCAACUACCUGUUCCUGGGGGACUACGUGGACCGGGGGAAGCAGUCUCUGGAGACCAUCUGCCUGCUGCUGGCCUACAAAAUCAAAUACCCCGAGAACUUCUUCCUGCUGAGGGGGAACCACGAGUGUGCUUCAAUCAACAGAAUAUACGGCUUCUAUGACGAGUGUAAAAGAAGGUACAACAUCAAGCUCUGGAAGACCUUCACAGAUUGUUUUAACUGCCUCCCCAUUUCCGCCAUUGUUGAUGAGAAGAUCUUCUGCUGCCACGGAGGCCUGUCACCUGACCUGCAGUCCAUGGAGCAGAUCCGACGCAUCAUGCGCCCGACGGACGUGCCGGACCAGGGUCUGCUGUGCGACCUGCUGUGGUCCGACCCCGAUAAAGAUGUUCUGGGCUGGGGGGAGAACGACCGGGGCGUCUCCUUCACCUUCGGAUCAGAGGUGGUGGCCAAGUUCCUGCACAAGCACGACCUGGAUCUCAUCUGCCGCGCGCAUCAGGUCGUGGAGGACGGCUACGAGUUCUUUGCGAAGCGUCAGCUGGUCACUUUGUUCUCGGCGCCAAACUACUGCGGAGAGUUCGAUAACGCUGGAGCCAUGAUGAGUGUGGACGAGACGCUCAUGUGCUCCUUUCAGAUUUUGAAACCAGCUGAGAAGAAGAAGCCCAACGGCAGCCGUCCCGUGACUCCCCCCCGCAACAUGGUCACCAAGACCGCCAAGAAAUGAGUGUUUUAGGGGGGAAGUGAGGAAUUUAAAAUGUCCUGAGCUUCACUCCUCUGUCCUGCUUUCGUCCUCUGCUUCUGAAGGAGUGGCUAUCCUUCAGGCCGCCAAUACUGAAAAGAUGUUCACUCCUACCCGAUGAAAGCAAAGUGUUUUGUUGUUUUGUUCACGGGGGUAAAUUGAUAUGUCACCAUGAAGAACCUCAGGUGUUUUGCACUCCAUUUUGCAGCUAGUCUUUGCCACAUAUGACUGUUGGAUCAGGAAUAUAACGUUAACAAUACGGCUACUUAUGCACAGGAAUGCCUUGUUUUGAAGCUGUGCACAAUUUCUCCAGUUUCGUUCCUGUCUCGUUGAUUUGUCAUCUCUUUUCUCUCACUGUCGGUAAAGGGUAUCAAUGGCUGUAAAACCUAGAAGGAGGGGGGACGAGUCACAAACACCUGUUUACUUAUGUUCUACUUUAUUUACAGUUUGUUGGCGGUCAGUGGCGUAUGAUACUGAGUUACACUGCUUCACCACAUUUUUAAACAAGUCUUGUGCUAAAUAAAAUUAAUAAAGAAGCACUCAUGUAAUGUCUAAAUCUUUCUAAUAAACUUUGAGUGUAUUUUAGGGGGA